CCCGCCCAGCCCGGGUGAAACUUCCGGCUCUAACGGCUUGGGGUUUAUGCUGACGGAGCGGAGGCAGCAGGGUCAGGAUGGUGCUGCUGGAGAGUGAGCAGUUCCUGACGGAGCUGACCAGGCUCUUCCAGAAGUGCCGGUUGUCGGGCAGCGUGUUCAUCACCCUGAAGAAGUAUGAUGGUCGAACUAAACCCAUUCCAAGGAAGGGUUCUGUGGAGGGCUUUGAGCCCUCAGACAACAAGUGUCUGUUAAGAGCGACUGACGGGAAAAAGAAGAUCAGCACUGUGGUGAGCUCCAAAGAAGUGAAUAAGUUUCAGAUGGCUUAUUCAAACCUACUGAGAGCUAACAUGGAUGGGCUGAAGAAGAGGGACAAAAAGAGCAAGAGUAAGAAGAGCAAAGCAGCGCAGUGAAGGGCACCAGAUUCCCGCCUUCACCAGCUAACCACUGAAUUGCUAUUUUUCCUUUGGUUUUUACUUUUGGCCACAAAGCUGGGUUUCUCAUUCCCCUACAAUAACUGUUUCAUGUGAGAUUAGGGUCAGUUUUGGAUGGAAGAAGGGCUGCAGUGUUUACAGGGUAGUUACAAGAAGCCAGUUUAUUUUAUAUCUGGCUAAGUGGUCUGUGUUGUAUGGUUGUAUGUUUCUGGAUAAUAGUUUACAGUCUCUGUAGCUGUCUGUGAAAAGCACUGUAUCAUUAAACCUGUAUUUAUCAGUACUGACCAUCUUUUAUUCCUUUUCCCAUCCCAUAGAAAGUUUCUGGCAAUAGCUCCUCAUUCUGGAAUGACUGAUUAUGAAUAGGCUUUAGGCCCUGUCUUAUGAGUUACUGGAAUUGAAACCUGACAAUUUUAUAAAAAGUUGUGUUAUUUCAUGGGUAUUUUUCCCAACUUGGCUGUAUAAUUUUAUCAUCAUAGUUCCUUUAGCAAAUUUGAAUGAGUUCUCAUAGCGAAAUGAGAGUCUGCUUAACCAAACUAAGGAUAAGCCUAUUACAAAAUCAUCAAGAAUAAAGAGUCCAAGUUAAUGAUGA